AUGUCUGGAUUAUUAGAUCGAUUAAUCAAACCAAUAGUUUUGGCCGAGGCAACACAAUAUUAUAAUAGUAAUGCUAAUAAUACUAACAGUAUUAAUGAAGUAGACAAAGUUUCUGUUGAUAAUUCAUUUGACAAUGUUUUAUCUAGUUCGGUUUCCACUCAGGCUUCUACGCAGAACAUUUCACCAGGUAUUAAUGAAGUAGACCAAGUUUCUGUUGAUAAUUCAUUUGAGAAUGUUUUACCUAGUUCAGUUUCUGCAGAAACGUCACCAGAUGACCUUCCUCGAAAACAUUUUCCAUUUGAUAAAACUUCCCGACAUGGCCAUUUUAAUGAACAGUGGUACUCUCGGUUACUUCCUGAUGGUUCUAGAGUUAUUAGGGAUUGGUUAUCAUACUCACCUACACUAGACACAGUUUUUUGUUUGCCGUGUAUGCUCUUUAUUGGCCACAAUAAGCAUAAAGCUGUUACAACAUGGACAAAAGUUGGAUAUUCUACAUGGCAAAAUGGUCGUCAAAAUAUUAUGCUACAUGAAAUAAGUAAUAUACAUGUCAAUGCUUCAAUAACACUAAAAACAAAGAAAAAUUCUAUGCCAAUCAUUCCAGCACUAGAAAGUAGUCAAAAAACCAAUGUUGCAUUAAACAGACAAAUUGUUUUUGAAGAAGGUUGGGAAGAAAAAAAUAAAGGACAUUUUAAGGAUAUUUUAUUGUUGAUGGCUCCAAAUUCGUAUGCAUUAUUUUCCCAUAUAAAUUCUAUUAAAUCCCAAGGCAAACUUGUGUGCUCGUUUAUAAGUUGGGAAAGACAAAAUCAACUUAUCAGUUCUAUAUCAGAAUUUAUCGGGUCAACCAUAAGAUCAGAUAUAAAGAGAUCUCGAAUGUUCAGUAUUUCAAUAGAUUCAACCUUUGAUGCUGCUAGAAAAGAGCAGGUAUCAUUUAUAAUAAGAUAUGUUAGUCAUUCAUCUGGGAACAUUUUUGAACGUUUAUUGGCUCAUAAAGAAUCUCCUGUUACAAUUGGAGAAUCGUUGUUUGAUCUUUUUGAAUUAGUCAUGGAUCGUGAAGGCCUUGAUUGGAAAAACAAACUUGUUGGUCAGUCAUACGACGGUGCUAGCAAUAUGAGUCUGGAAUACAAGGGCCUACAAGCAAGAAUUAAUGCAAAAAAUAAUUCAGCUAUCUUUGUAUGGUAUCAUGCUCACCGAUUAAAUUUGGUAAUGGCCAAUGCAGUUUCAUCUAGUUUAGAUGCUGUUGAUUUAUUUGGAAAUCUAGAAUCCAUUUACUCUUUUAUUUGGUGUAGUAAGAAAAGAGCUGCUUUAUUCAGAUGA